AUGGACACGCAAACGGAGGUGCGUGUGAUGCUGAAGGCGGCUGGCUUCAUCUGUCUGGUGGUAGUGGGUCUCCCAGCCAACCUGAGUGUGCUGCUCCUCUUCUGCCGCAUGCGACUCUCCCAUGGCCACCUACCCCCAAACAACUACAUCCUCAGUCAUCUGGCCAUUGUCAAUCUGGCAGUUCUUUUGUGCCGUGGAAUCCCCCAGACCCUAGUUGCUCUUAGUGUGAAAUGUUUCUUGUACGAUCCUGGUUGCAAACUGGUCAUCUUUGUUUACCGCAUUGGUCGUGCCAUGUCUAUUUGUGUGACAGCGCUACUGGGAUGUUACCAGAGCGUGAGUGUAGCCCCUGCCACAGCCCCCUGGAAUGCCUUCAAACGCUGGCUGCCCACUCACCUUCCACACACCAUUGUCCUCCUCUACAUCCUCAAUAUCUCUAUCUGCUAUGGUGCUAUAAGCUACCCUCAGGCACUGCCAUCCAACGGCUCCAUCCCAGAAUUCACCUUAAAUCUGGAGUUCUGCAUUGUGGUUUUCCCAGGCUCUCAAGCCUAUGUAGUCAAUGGUAUGAUUUACACCCUGAGGGAUGUGGUUUUUGUGGCUGUGAUGGUGUUGGCAGCAGUCUACAUGCUGCUGGUCCUGUACCGCCACCAGCAGCAGGUGAAGGGACUGCGGGGGGCCAGCAAAGCGUCAGCAGGAGCUUCCCAGGCUGUGCUGGUUCUGGUGUGUACAUAUGUAGCACUGUUUGGUCUGGAGAAUGUGCUGUGGGGAUACACACUCUCCGUCUCCCGGGUUCUGCCCGCCGUCUCUGAUGCUCGCGUCUUCUUUGCCUCCUGCUACUCUGCUCUCAGCCCUGUUCUCAUAAUCGUAACUAACCGGAGGCUGGCCAAAAACUUCCAAUGCUUCACAUGUGCCAAAACAGAGCCCCCUUGCACUCCAGGAGGAUCUAGCAUUUCUCAUGUUACAGCAUAA